AUGCUUUUUACAUUGGUUAUUUGGGUUUUGUCUAUUCUGAAGCUGGCGCUCGCCAUUAUCUUAUAUCUCAUCUUUUUGUUCCACCAUAUCCCUUCCCAAGAUGGCUCCCUGAAAGCCUACUGUCGACGAAAGAUCAAAACCCGUCUCACUCGCAUCGUGCGUCGGAAGGUGGACAAGGCUUUGGCCAAGGGCAUGGUGUUGCAAGAGCGAAAACCAACCCAACCCAACAUGGGCUUAAAUACGAACCCUACCUUGCCCACUGUCGGUAGUGAUGACAAGGCGCCCACUGUCACCACUCUUUCGCGCAGCACAACGCAAACCACAUUGCGGUCGUACUCAUCACGCCCGGGGACAGCCGCACCGGAUCGGGCCCCAACCCUUCCGAGCGUGGCAGCGUUCGAAGACAAACCCCCGCUCAGCCGAACAAUGACUCAAUCGUCGGCCUACUCUGCGUCCACUUCGCUCUCGGGAAGUACGGCAGUCUCAGGAUAUAGUCCUCUUGAUCGCCAAAGCUCUCCAGUGCCGCCAGUACCUCCUCUCCCAACUCAGAUUCCUAUGCCUGUUUCACGGAUCCAAACACCGAUGUCAAGGUUCAAUAACACACCAGGACCCGCAACCGCACCAUCAGUCGGUGGAGUGAGUGGUAUGGCUUCGGCGCAUAGUUUUGGUGACACCGGCGACACUCAGAGCCCCUAUGAUACAUACGCACCUCACGAUCUCGCAUCAACUGCGCCAUACCAUUCAUAUAGCCCAACAGAGACUACGGCACGAACUAUGACACCAGGACGGAGUAUGUCCCCGGGGGAAAAUGGGCCUCUUCGAACCUUUUCACCUCCCGGUCCUAGUGGCACUCCUACCUUGCCUCCGCUGACUGGCUACCCAGCGCGAUCGUUUGGCGCGGCCGGUCAACCUCCGGCUCGACCCCAGCCCAGUUUCAGUCCCGUUGAUGGGGCGGUGAUGAGAAACUUCUCCCCUGUCGCAUCUCGCGGAGAUCCGCGCCCCUCAGGAUCAGAUGGUUAUGCCCCAUUCAAUCCUCCUUCCAGAAAUUCCCCAGCACCUUUUACGAGGGAAUUCACCUCAGAUUCUCCCGUGUAUCAACAGGCAGGGCCGAGUGCGUUCGCGUCGCCGGUUGAAUACGAUGAUAGGCCUGCACCUGCACGAGCCUAUUCCAAUAGAGCGCACCCGCCUCAAUCACAGAAUUAUGGACAGGAUUAUAUCUAG